AUGCGAGUGGGGGACCUGACCGAGGUGCGGAUCAACGACUUGGCAGCGCCACCCGAGCCGAUUCACAUCCUGAUGUACCUGGAGCCACUGAUUGCUGUCAUCAUCAUUGCCAACGGUGUUAUGAUCGGCUUCCAAACGGAUCCUUACUAUGAGGAUUGGAGUGGCUGGAUCUACAUGGAAUGUGUCUUUGCUGGUCUUCUCUUGCUUGAGAUUUGUCUACGCUUCAUUGUAAUUCGCUGCCGAGACUUCUGGUGUGGUGCUGAGCGUCUGUGGAAUCUCUUCGACCUGUUCCUGUGUAGCGUUGCCUUUGCAGAUAUCAUCAUCCAAACCACUGCAGUGGAGACUCCCAAAGGGACCACUUUGCUGCGAUUUUUUCGACUCAUUCGCUUGGCGCGCAUCGUGCGGGUCUUUCGACUGAAGGUGAUGAAGGACCUGCGGCUCAUGUUGAGAGGGCUGGUAGCUGGAUGUUGGACCUUGGCUCUAUCCUUUGUGCUUCUUUUUGCCGUCCUCUAUGUGAUUGCUGGCCUCGCCAACCUUACGAUGGGGAGUAGCGAUGCGUUGAUGCAGAGGGACCUCACGCCGUACUUCUACAACAUUCCCGCCGCGAUGUUCACCACGUUUCGCUGCACCGCGACGGGCGAAUGUGUGACAGAGGCGGGCAUUUCCAUCCCAACCGCCUUGGCCAAAGAAUUCGGCUGGCCCUUUGUGCUUGGGUAUGUGGCCAGCUACAUGUUGGUCACCAUGGGAAUCUCGAACGUCAUCCUGGCCGUCUACGUCGACAUCACCAUGAAGGCGGCCAAGGAGAACGACGCCGUGACCGCCGAGCAGUACGCCAGAGAGUCCAUUCGCGUGGCGCGCGCGACGAGGGAGCUGCUGAAGAAGUUCGCCGCGGCCUACCACACCUGGCACGUCGAAGACCACGAAACUCUCACGGGGCACCUCGAGAUCAAAGAGACCGCCGCCUUGUUUACUGACGACGAGAUUCACGACAACAUCGAGAUCUCAAAGGAGCUCUUCUUGAUGGUGGUCCAUGACCGAGGAGCACAGGAAUUGAUGGACGAUUUGGAUUUGCCAGUGAAUCGCGCGCACCUCUUCGAAGUCAUCGACGCUGAUGGCAGCGGGUCUUUGCACAUCCAAGAACUGGUACAAGGCUUGCUCAAGAUCCGUGGCGAGGCGAACAAGGGUGACACCAUCGCUCCGCUCCUGGCAGCCCGCGCCGUCCAGCAAAAGAUCGAGACGUUGAGGGAAGAGUUCACCUCACAUUUCGAUGUGUUCAGUCGGAAGUUCACCAAAGAAAUGCAGCAGCAUGAAAGCUUCAUCAUGAACUUCGGACGCGAAGUUCGCGGCUCCUCGAAUCUUCCCAGCCCUCUCAGCAGCGAGCUGCCCACCGCUGUGCCUGCACCCAGCGCGCUGGCACCCCCUGCCGGUGCGCCCGCCGGAGAUGUGGCCUUGCCACGGGCAGGGUCGCAACCCUUAGAACAGAUCAAGGCUCCAGUGAAGCCCCUGUGUGUGGACCCUAUCGAUGAGCCACCGCAGCACAUCUGA